UCAAUUAGGCUCAUGACGUCACUAGUAACCAAUCAGAAAACAGGAAUUGGUGCAUGUAUCCAGGCAGGUCACGAACUAUGACCUUUGUCUCCGUUUUGCAGGCACGUUUUCGAUGAAAAAUUGACAAAAAGUUAAAUUUAAACAAUGGAAGGAACACAAGUACAGACUAUAGAAACACAUGUUGUACAACAACAGCAGCAACAACAACAACAGCAGCAGCAACAACAGCAUCAGCAGCAGCAGCAAGCAAUGGAUACAUCUCAAGUUGUGCAUCAGCACCAUCAACUACAUCCAUCUACAGUGACCGUUACCACAGUAGGGUCUAAUGUGGAAACUACCACUUCAGAAUUGUCCAAAGAAAUGCAGACUGCAGAAGGGCUUGCAAGGUUACGACAUGAAGAAGUUAUUACAAAGAUAAUCCAAGUCCCACAUGUUCAAGUACUUCAAGGUGGUCAUGCUGGUCAGAUGCAACAUGUUACCCUUCAAGUCCCGCAAAUUGCACAAAUUCAACAAGUCCAUCCUAUUCAAAUGUCACCAGACAAAGUUGUAUCCAAACCUAUGGACCCAUGUGUUGUAUGUGGCGACAAAGCAUCAGGCCGACAUUACGGUGUAGUUAGUUGUGAAGGUUGUAAAGGCUUCUUCAAACGAAGCAUUCGUAAGCAACUUUGCUACACAUGCCGUGGCUCUAAAGAUUGCCAAGUUACCAAACACCACAGAAAUCGUUGUCAGUUUUGUCGGCUACAGAAAUGUUUGGCGAUGGGGAUGAAAGCUGAAUCUGUACAGUGUGAGCGAACUCCAAUCAAGUCAAACCGAGACAGGACAUCUGGAAACUGUGCAGCAUCAACAGAUAAGAUAUAUAUUCGUAAAGACUUAAGGAGCCCGUUAGCAGCUACACCAACUUUUGUCGGAGUAGAAAAAGAAAAACAACACAUUGGUCUGUUUGAUCAAGGUAUGCUAAUAAAUAUACAGGGUGGCAGCCCAUCUGUUGAAGCCUCUACUGCAAAUACAGAUCUCAGUACCUUGGCUAAUGUAGUGACAACGUUGGCAAAUAUGAGCAAAAAUAAAGAAGGCACUUCCCAAGACGGUGCUGGUGAUAGUAGUCAAGUUGCCAAUGGCGAGACUGGUACCACUGAAAUCCAGGCGUCAGCUGAAGCAGUUAAUCAGAUUUCCAAAGCGUUUGAUACCCUUGCGAAAGCACUAAAUCCACAAGGAGAUGCUACAGAAACUGCAAAUACAGUUGAAGUGACUACAUCAGAUUCAGCUAAUGGGUCUGGACAAGGAGAUGGAUCAGAUCAAUCUCUUCCUUUAGUUGAGUUAGAAGGGCCUUUAUUAUCAGAAACACAUUUUCAGUUUAAGUUGACUACACCGUCACCAAUGCCACAGUAUCUCAAUGUCCAUUACAUAUGUGAAUCAGCGUCAAGACUUCUGUUUCUGUCCAUGCAUUGGGCUAGGAGUAUCCCAGCAUUUCAGGCUCUUGGGCAAGAAAGCCACACUACAAUUGUUCAAAAAUGUUGGAGUGAAUUAUUCACUUUGGGUUUAGCUGAAUGUAGUCAAGCCAUGGCUUUAUCUGCCAUCCUUACUGCCAUUGUGAAUCAUCUACAGACCAGUGUACAACAAGAUAAAUUAUCAGCUGAUCGUGUCAAAGUAGUCAUGGAGCAUAUCUGGAAAUUACAAGAAUUAGUAAACUCCAUUAGCAAGCUACAAGUUGAUUCCAGUGAAUUUGCUUAUCUUAAGGCUAUCACCUUAUUUAGCACAGAUCAUCCAGGACUGGUGAAUCCGAGACAGUUAGAAAAGUUCCAGGAGAAAGCAGUUCAAGAGUUACAAGAAUACGUCACCAGGGCGUACCCUGCUAGUCCUGACAGAUUCGCCAAGUUAUUGUUACGACUGCCAGCUUUGCGAUUACUGACUCCAAGCAUAAUGGAAGAGUUAUUCUUUGCUGGGUUAAUUGGUAACGUUCAGAUUGACAGCAUCAUACCGUAUAUUUUGCGAAUGGAAACGGCAGAUUAUAACACACAGAUUGCAGUGCAACCACAUCUCACUCUGGCCUCGCUGAGUAAUACUAUUUUUUGAAGUUUUCAAGUGGUAAAAGAAUUUGUCUAAGUUUGUCACCUCCUGCUGUUUACAAGCUGCAUGUGUAACAAAGCAAAGUGUUUUUUAAAGUUUCAGAAAUAUGUUUUUAUUUUGUUUUGUUCAGGAUCAGGUUCACUCCCAACUCGCCCGCAUCACCUCUCUCUACCUGAGGAAUGAAUACAAAUUAAAAAAAAAGUUUGUUUUAUCGCUGUAGUUUGAAAUCAUGAUAUAUCUUUUAUUUUGCCUGUUAUCUCCAUUUUUAUGAUCAUAAAAUCAUUUUCUGACCUCUGUGCCUCUUGACACUAACACAUUGCCGUCGAAAACCUUCCACUGUUUUUGUGUGAGUAUUGAGAAUGGGUUAUGCACAUGGAAUCAAAAUGAGGAGAGUUUGUUCUCAAUUAAACCAUCACCUUAUCAAUACUAGUAUGCACGAGUUUGCAUAAUAUAGUGUAUUGCUGUUGCAUGAACUCAACGAACUAUAGCCAGUCACAUGAGGACACUGCUACAUCUUACUCUGUUACUCUCGCAACAUUGCUCUUGGCCCUGUUUAUUGUAUAUGCAACUGCAAAAUACGUAUAGAGUAUGGUACUGUUCAUGUUGUCGCGUUAUGUUACUUCCAACAAACUGCCUUGUUAUUGGGAUUACAGAUGGGCAUGUGGCAAGUGACGCACUUUCAGGUUUCCAGUAUUUUCUAGUCUGCAUGCAGCUUCCCCUCAAUCUACACUUGCAACAUUGGUGACAUGCUCCUGCUAGAUUUAGACACCGUCUGGAAAUGGGGACUUUUGUAUAGACCUCUGGUGCAUAUGUGUGUGCAUCUCGACCUAUAUCUUAGACUAGACCGAUUACAUUCAAACGAUCCAAUUCAAAAUGGCUAAAUGGUGGCCAUUUUGUUUUAAUUAUUGCUGUUUCAGAGCAAUAUCUCUCAAUAUGAACAAGUACUCGUUUGAUGAUCAGAUACAAGAUGACUGAAUGGCAAUCAUUUUGAUGUUUAAAAAUCAUCAUAAUUAAGCAUCAGCUCUGAUAUGUUCAUGUUCAAACUAUAUUACUAUAAACAAAACUAUAUAUCUUAAAUUUGGUAACUAACAGGGACCGUGCCAUGCAAGCCUUGUUUCCGAUCAACUACUUUCAAAUGAUGUUUUUGUUUGCUAUUUAGUACUUUGUUGACAGAUGGCUUUCUUCAGCUGGUCAUAAUACAGCUCUAUGCCAACGAUUAAUGAGGCGAUCUACCGGGGUAGUAGUCGACAUCAUUUGGUCACUCAAAUCAUCUACUUUGAAAUAUUUCAAACAACUUUGUGUCCUCCCAUAAAUAAACAUAAAUGAAUCUAAUCCAAUAAAAAUUCUUGCCACCUUUCACUUAUAUGUGGACUUAUUUAUGUAUAAAAUGGCGUCAGACGGCAAUGUGUUAGUAGUCUUUGUAGACAUUCCAACAGCAAACUCCAGGGCAGGUUUUGGAGUAUGGUAUCAACUUUGAAUUAAACAAAGAUCAUGCAGCUGAUGUCUUGUUUUUAAACUUGAAAUAUUAAACUAAAUAAUCAUUACAUUAAAUCAUUAGAGAAAAAAUAUUUGUCAUUUUUAGUUUACACCACUCAAAUGAUCAUUAUGUAAGAAACACUGGAAGACAAAUUUAUGAGUAUGCUGUAUAGAAAUACCUGGCUUAUAUCUAGUAUUCAGUGUGUUUUCAGUUUACUUUAAUUAUACCGAACUAAUAAUGCAUUAAAAAGGCUGGAAUUUGGUGAAAAUGUCAAAUAUACAAGUUUGUUGAGAAUUAGCAAAAAUUACAUUAUUUUCCUAAUGGUAACAUU